AUGGCUGCCCAAAUCUUCACCUGGACGCACAAGACGAGGCUGGCGGUGCACCAGCUCGACACCGAGACCGAGCUCACCGCGCAUCAAAAGACUCAGGUCUUCUCAAUUCUGUUCCCCGAGAAGUUCAUUCACGAUGGCAAAAUGGGAAACCGCAUCAAAUCACAGACCGGCGAAUGGAAGAAGCCGGCAAACGAGCGUAGCAGGUCUUGGACUGCGGUGUUGAUCUCGGCGGAUGAAGGAGAGCGUCAAGAUAUGAGACUGAGCAUUCGUAAAGCCGUCGCGGAGGCAGCUUUCUCGCCGAGCGGUUGCCUCGACAUGAGCAAUAUCACAAAUGACCUCCCAAGACCUGGUCCUAGCAGUAAGAUGCCAGCGUCCAAGAAAAGGCAGGCUGCCUCCCUUCCUAAUGAGUCUAUGGACGGCUAUGAUAGCGCCGAUGAACCUAGCUCCGAGGCAUUAAGGCCAUCACCAAAGCGCCGAAUGACAGUGCAGAUACCGCGAGCGGCCCAUGCAAUGGUCAGCAGGCCGACACCGUAUACCACGCCUAAGGCUGCAAGUAUGAGGGCACGAGCAGACACGUCAAUCCGAAGGCCUGCUCGCACGCCAGUGGAGACGUAUGCGUUUCGGCAGACACACGGCACUACCCUGUAUCUGCCUGUUGAGAGGAUCCAAUUGGCUAGCCAGCCUCUUGUGCCAGUUCCAGAAGAUGCGGCCCAUCCUCCUACCUCUGGCCUAUUCUUCCGCUAUUCGUUAGAGGAAGAGGAUGAGCCUCCACAUAGUGAGUUCUUGACUCUUGCUAGAAGGUUCAGGGGCAAGGUCAAGAUCCAUCAGGACCCCCCAGCAUGUCAAAAUCUGCCGUGGCAGGAUAUUUUCUAUCACAUCGAUCCGUGCGGCAAGAUCGUCGGCGGCAAAGACGUUGAUGGCAAGGAUAUUGGCUACGAUUCGGCCUUCAUUUCGAUGACAAACGCAUUUUGGUGGGCCCUCAGACACGCACUGAAGGAGCAGUGCAAACAUGGCCGCCGGUCGGCGCGGAUCUCGGUCAUCAAUGCCUCGGCCUUGAACAGACUAUCAGUCUUCUAUGCCGCACCGUACCACCGCGAGCUGAAGAAGUUGAGCCAGUUCACAGGGGGAGGGUGGCGCUAUCCUGCUCUCCAUGAGUUCCUCUGCUUCAAGGAGAUUCCUCGAAGAGCGGUCGUCAAGACCAUCAAGGUGGAUGAGCUGUUCGCCAAGAUUGAGCGCGGACCUGACAUAUCAAGAGUUCUACGAUUGAACACUCUUGUCAUGCGGGGAGAUUUCAAGAAGAAGGUCCUUAGCAAACUUCGAGAUGCCAACAUCGAACUUGGUCCGGAGACCAUCGGGAUCAUUGCAAAGGUCGCCCGUCUAAUGGGCUUGGACUCAGCCGCACAACCGGAGCACCUCUCGCAUAUCCUUUGCGAUGUUAUACAGGGCUGGGGCCUGAGACUAGUUCACGCCGCGCAUGGAGAAUGGGAACAACUCGCUGCAAGGUUCGCACGCUCGAUUUCGGAUCGUGACGACCGAAUCGUGCCCGCUCGCGAGCUGCAAGUCCUCGAGUCAGCCUUUCUGGAUGGGGUGCGCUAUGGAUCGAGCAAAGAGUUCAAUACACGCCAUUGCCCGAACCGAAUCCGAGCCAUGGAGGUGCAGGCUCUCGCCCUCGGCAUCCCGACUCCAGCUGAACUGCAUGCAGAAGCUUGUUCACGCGCGGCCAGACUCACAAUUCGCUCGUUCGCGUAUCAGCCUACCAUCAACGGUAUAAGCAGAGUCGACAAUGAGAUCUUGGAAGAGAUUCAAGUCACACAUCCGACCCGUCAGGAGAUGAAGCCGACGAUGAGGAAGGCGAGGUUCAUUGUGGACGCCUUCGAAGAGAGCAUUGCGUACGAGAGUGAUUAGCCGCGCGAAGGUAUUGCAAUAAAAUCAAGAUUGCCUUCCAUCGUGGAUUUAGCAAUCAACUUGC